CGAAAUUCAGCAAACAGCUGGAACACGACGACGAUGAACAACAACAACUCGACGACAAUGGCGGAUGGUGGUGUGCGCGGCAGGGCAGUGUUGGAGUUGGUGCGCGUGGCACCGCAGGCGCAGGUUGUGCGAGCAGGCCACAUUGAGCUGGCGCAGCAAGGCACAAAGAUGGGGUACUCGCACACGACGUGGAAGCAACGGCUGUUCAAGCUGAAUGCGACAUCGUUGAGAUACUACAAGAACGAGAAAUCCACAACGCCCAAAGGCAUCAUCACGCUCACCCCUUUCUGCCUGGCACAGCCGUGCAAUCGCGGAGACUUGCGGGCGCUGAACAGCAGCGCGUCGGUGAAGCUGGUGAAGAACAGGCCCGUCCGUGAUCGUGUGAAUCGCGACAACGGCGUGGCGCUCCUCGUGCCAGAGGAAAACAGGACCUACUAUAUCCACUUCCAGUCCACCCGGGUCAGCAGGAAUGAGGGGUCGGGGGUUUAG